AUGCUCAUGAUUGACCGUGAGGGUGCACAAUCGUCUCACAUGAUGUGUGUUGCCAAGCCGGUAGGUUCCCCAAGAUGGGAUUGUCCUUCGCCCUCCAUUGUCCUGGAAUCCGGUGAUAUUGGAGAUGAACCCAUUGUUGAGGAGCCCUUGAAAGAACUGUUUGCCAACCGCUCUGGACUCGAACGAGUGACGCCCUUUCCCUUCGCGCAGCUGAUUUCUACGGAGCCCAUAUUGUGUCGGAUACGCGAGUGUCAAAUCCCGCAGUGGUACAUCGAGAAGCAUAGCAAGACCUGCGUUGAAUUGCACCGGCUUGAAGCUGAGAUUGUUGAGUGCAACGAGUCUAUUGGCGAGCUCAAGAACACGAUUCGAGACAGUGUGGUUGCCAUGGAUACCCCUUCCCCAGCUUCGCCCCCCGAGUACAGAGGAGUCCCCAUUUUCACGCACUCAAGUUCGCCGAGCAUCCCUGGUCCUUUGCAGUUGUUCUGGUGGGAUUACAUGCAGAGGUUGAGCAUGAAGAAGACACAGCGCAGGUUAUUGGAAUCGCUUGACGGGAUUCUCCUGAUUGCUUCUGAGAUUUCCAUGCCUUCUCUAGAGGAGGGGCCAAAGGAGCCAAUUGGGCAUCAGCGGUUACUUUCGCCAGGAUCGGAGCGGAAGAUGUCCCAGAUCCGUACAUGGUGUCGGCCACCUGUUGAGGAUGCUGCUCUCUCUCAGCUUGCUGAAGACGUAGAGGCACCGGUUGACGACGAUCGCCAAUCAAUUUGA